ACCAUCAAAAACCCUUCAUGGCUUCGUCCAUCUCAUAUGAAUUGUGGUUUGUUUUGGGUCCAAAUAAACUAAAAUUUAAAUUCUAAAACAUCGACUUUUAAAAAUUCUACCGUUGCGUUAAGGCAGUAUGGACUCCGGAGACGAUGACUUGUUGUACGAAGAAGACGACAGUGUUGGCGAUUGGCAGUCUGAGGAUGCUGAACAUAGCGAUUUCGAUAUCGAUUGUGAGGAACCUUCGACUCCAAAACGACCACAUUUAAAUGAUGAUUUUCAUUACGAAUGCCUUUCACCAGAAGCUUUAGUGUCCUACAUGAAUGAAAUCAUUGAUGAAGUCAACAGCGUUUUUCAACUACCAAGACCAAUGGCUAGGAUAUUAUUGAGCCAUUUCAAAUGGGACAGAGAAAAAUUGCUUGAAAGAUAUUACAGUGGCAAUCAAGAGAGUCUGUUUUCAGAAGCUCACAUUGUGAAUCCAAAUACUUCAAAAUCUUCUCAGUCAACCAGGGCAAAUACAAGAUCUCAACCCACAGAAAUACUGUGUGACAUAUGUCUCUCUCUAAUACCUGCAGGGAAUUUUACUGGUUUAGAAUGUAGUCACAAGUUUUGUCCACGAUGCUGGAAGGAAUAUCUCACAACCAAAAUUAUAGAUGAACAUAUGGGAGAGAAUAUUUCUUGUCCUGCUAGUAAAUGUGAUAUUCUUGUAGAUGAAGCUUUUGUAGGACAAAUAUUACGAGAUCCCAAAGUCAAGACACAGUAUCAUCAUCUGAUAGCAAAUAGCUUUGUUGUGAAUAAUCGUUUAAUGAAGUGGUGCCCUGGUCCUGACUGCCAUAAUGCCGUCAAGGCUAAUUAUCACGACGCACUACCUGUCACCUGCCUGUGUGGAUAUAACUUCUGCUUUGGUUGCUCAGAGCCCGUACAUGAACCAGUUAAAUGCCAGUGGUUGAAAAAGUGGAUCAAGAAAACAAAUGAUGAUAGUGAAACAUCAAACUGGAUCUCGGCAAAUACAAAAGAGUGUCCAAAAUGUAAUGUAACGAUAGAAAAGAAUGGAGGGUGCAACCACAUGGUCUGUAGGAAUAGCAGUUGCAAGGCUGAUUUCUGCUGGGUGUGUCUAGGCCCCUGGGAACCACAUGGGUCCAGCUGGUAUAGCUGUAAUCGAUAUGAUGAGAAAGAGGCUCAAUCAGCAAGAGAUUCUCAAUCUCGAUCAAGAGCAGCGCUAGAAAGAUAUCUAUUCUACUGUAAUCGAUACAUGAACCAUGCUCAAAGUGCAAAGUUUGAAAGCAAACUCUACGCUCAGGUCAAGCAAAAGAUGGAAGAGAUGCAACAACACAAUAUGUCUUGGAUAGAGGUUCAGUUCCUGAGGAAGGCUGUAGAUGUCUUGUGUCAGUGCCGUAACACCUUGAAAUACACUUACGUCUUUGCUUUCUACCUAAAGAAGAAUAAUCAGUCAGUCAUUUUUGAGGACAACCAGAAAGACUUGGAGAUGGCAACAGAAACGCUGUCCGAGUACUUAGAACGAGACAUCACACAAGAAUCUCUAUCCGACAUCAAACAAAAAGUACAAGACAAGUACAGAUACUGUGAAGCAAGACGCAAGGCAUUACUCGACCACGUAUACGAGGGGUAUGACACAGAUAUCUGGGAAUACAUCGACUAUGACUAAAAAAACGACCUGCCUUAAAUACCUUGAAACUGGCUGCUCGAAUAGAGGCGUUGUCUUAACAUCAUGGCCAGGAAAUUCCGCCAAUGGUUUCGUAGUUUCCCCCCUGACAAACUGACGAAUACUUGUUAAUAUUCAGUACCAAUUUGGUGUUAAGAGUGUUAAUAGCAGUGAAGCCUGUUGGACAAACUUUGAUCCUCCACAGCAAGACCAACAUGUUCGGUUGCAACAUAAAGCGUUUUUUGCGAUGUUUGCUCGUGUUAGUACUUUAGCUUUUAUUUAGUCGUAAAUGCUUCUCAUCCGAAAUCUUGAAUCUCCGGUCUCCUGCUUCUUAGAGAUAACAAGAUACACUGAUUGAUUGAUAACAAAUGAACAACUUCAAUGCUUUUUGGGGAAUAAACCAACUAAGCGUUUGGGGAUUCUUGAAGGAGCCGAUGACCACCUAACUAUUCUUCUAGCUUAUGAGCAGAGUCUUAGAACUUUUUACCUUCUUUGUUUGUUGUCUCAUUCCAGACCAUGUAAUGUUGGUUCUUUCAUAUGUAAAUUUUUCAAAAUGCUCAUCAUAAAAGAAACAUUAUCAGGGAAAUGUCACAUGGUCUGAAAUGGGACAACAAACAACAAAGGUAGAGAGGUCUGUUGUCUGUUGUCGGCUCCCAAACCCUUCAGAGAAAAUAGUCAACUUUCGAUAUUUUUUCCGGUUUCAGCCAAAUGUCAUUCUCUUGUGAAUAAGAUUCUUUGUUUAAGCUUUAUCUAUAUUCAUGUGUCUUCUUUUGCGCCACCGUUAAACAAAGAAAUGAUACUCUAGGGAAUGACACUUGGUCUAAAAUGGGAAACAUUACGUCUGAUUACGAGUGAUCAAGUAGAAAACAAACGAUUAAAUUCCUUUGAGCCUCGACUUGAAAUGUUUUGUGCUUGAUCACUCAACCAGAAUAUCAAAAGUUUGCUAUUAGAAGUGACUGCCAUGUUGGAUGACAACUAAGCCUAAUCUAACAGUCUUCAUUUUUCUUCAACAUAGCGGCCAUGACCUCAUGUUUGAGAAAUUGGAAAAUAUUAAGCAUAAAAUGAACAAAUUUCUGUUAUUAAGGAAAGAUGUAUUGUGUAAACAUCUUGCCAACCCGCAAAAUCCUUUUUUAUAAAUAUUUUCUGUUUUAGAUUUAUUAUACUCUAAACGUUUGCUUUCACA